AUGUGUCCUGCCGAAGAAGUGGUAAGAUGGAACUUUUUCACACCUGGUCGCAGUGUCUUUUACUUUUUCUUUUUCGGUUUGCGAAAGCAAUUCACCUAGGUGCAUAAACAAAUUAAUAACAAUUUAUGAUGAAACCCAUUCGCAAAAAAAAAAAGAAAAACUGCAGAUGAAUCAACCUCGUCCUGCAGAAGAGCAAAGGCGUUGCGAAGAUCUCCUUGUCCAAGAAGCUGUCACGCCCAAUGCCAAAAUGGAACCUCGCUUUGGGGAGAUAGAUUCGGACGCGUACCUUGCUGGUAGGAAGCAACCUUGUGGCACAAGUCGCAAAAGUCGGAGCAGAAAAAAUCCCAAACAUCAGGGAAAACGCGAUGCCAGCGCCAGAUCACUGCGAUUAUCGAGAAGCAUUGGAAGCGUGUACGUUUUCUCUUUUCUUUCAUUUCUUUGCUGAUCUUGUAGAGUGAUUCGAUUUCGGUCACUAAAGCCGAUCACCGAAAGCGCCAACAUUCAGUAAAGAGCACAACAGGGCAGAAGCAAACUGCUUUGUUUGAAAUUAUACCUCUUUUUGAGAAAGUAAAGUGAUCUCCACCUGCUGAGUACGCGGAAUUACAGUUACUACAUCAUGAUAAUUCUAAUUGCAGGUAUUUUCUUUAUGUACCACUCAAGACCCUGAGCAGGAGCGAAGGAAGGCGACUUCUACAAUGA